AUGAAUGCAGAAGGAAGUGCGAAAGAUAAUACACAUACCGUAUCAGCUGAAGUGAUUACACAUAGCAAGUGCGCGGCGGAAGAAGGUUGUCCUCAGACCGAGAAAAGGGAGCCUGCGGAGAAAGACACGCUAGAAGAAGCCCCUUCCACUGAAAACCGAAAGAUCAGAAGGCCGAGAAAGAAGCGUAAGGUUUCUAGCUGCGCCACAUGUAGAAAGUUCAAAACAAGGUGUGACUUUGAAUACACUGUUGGUAAAUGUUAUCGAUGCAACAUAUUGAAAUUAGACUGCUCCCUUUCAUUUGCAAAACCCGGAAAAGAUGAACCUGGUGUUUAUGCUUUAGGUCUUGUGGAAAAAGAUCACCCGCCAUGUGAGGAUAGAGAUGGGCAAGGUUCUGCCACCUUGAGCAUUAGUAGUCAUGUGACCAAAGACACUGUUGUCAGCUCAGGCCAUGAUAAAGAAUCAUCUACCCACACCGGCCUAGAAGAGAGAUUAGGUGCUCUGGAGCGCAACUUUGAGUCCAUGAGUAACAGAAUUGAUUGCAUAUUGAAUCUUUUGCAGGACCCCACAGCACGUUUGACACAUAAACCACCCCUUGCCCCGGAACAGACAGAUUUGACAGCAGAGGCGUCGACAGCCCCCGUGGGUCACACUAGGACGAUGGGAUCCAAUAAUACUAGCGUAUCACACUCACUUGUAGGUGGCUAUAAGCUGAAAGAAUGCCCUUUCCAAAUUUUGAAUCACAUCGAUGAUGUAUUUUUCCCACUAACCACGACUUCUGAAAAGGAAGCGCAUGAUAGAGAGCAGAGACCGUCUGCAGUCGCAAGAGUUAACUUUCUCAGAUAUUAUGAGAAACAUCAAUUUCUUUGUCAUAAACUAGUAAAGCAGUUUCUUGUCAACUCACAUUUCUGGAUAAUACCUGGCGGAGUCAAAGAGAUUGACGGUAAUUUUGCUCGCGGACACUUAUUCAUCACCAGUGUUUAUACUAUAAUCGCAAUGUGUUCCGAAGAUAAUGACCGGUAUGCUGCAGAGCAAGAAGAACUGUAUCCACUUGUUGAACGCUUACUGACAAAUACGCUAACCAUGUUCGACAAACUGAAGGAUUUUGAUAUCGAAGCCAUUCUAUACUGUUGCAUGUUCCAUAUAUCGAAGAAAUCGAAAAGACAUCGCCAGUUGAAAUAUAACGCUUUGGUUUUAAGUAACUUUGCAUUGUUCACUCUUCUUCACAACAUAGACUUUGAUAAGAUUAAAGAGAGAAUAUCAUCAGAACAGGAAUACAACAUGUCGGAUCUGUACCACCUGAGGAUUUUGAAUUCUUUGACUGCCUGCUACUUAGAACAUUCAAUCUCUUACGGAACAAUUACAGUGUUACCAGACACGCUGAGGGACUUAAAUAACUUGACAGCCAAAUUUCCUCAAUCCAAUUUUGGUGACGAUAUUAAGAUAAGCGAGAUAAACCUGGCAGAUGUGGUUAAUACCUUAUUCAGCAAUUUUGGCGCAUAUUUCAGAAGGUUGCUGGCAACGUCCAUAACAGAAAACCUCAACAACCGCAUACUGAUUUUGGCAGAGUUGCAAGAGUGGUAUGAUAACUGGGCCGAGCUUUUAGCUAGAGAUGGUGCCAGUGUUUUGCUUUUCACUUACAACUUCUAUCACACAAUGAUCCUCAGGUCCUUUUUGACCGAAUUUUCUGAAGAAUUGAUAGGGCAUCCUAAUUUCUUGGAUAGCAUUCUUAUCACUAUGAAAAAGCAUUGUUUUUCAUUGCUGAAUGGGUUUUUACGACUUCCCGCGUCAUUAAUCAGAGGUGCGCCAAUACUAACGUCAAGCCAAUUAGUUUACGCGUGCCUGACACUAUGCGAUUUUUUGCACUGGUACAAUGUGACUGAUCGACACCAAAUAUUGAACUUAUGUACAAGAGUGUACUGGCAUUUGAAUUCCAUAGGGGAGAAAUCAAAUGAAGUCACGGAAAAUGUUGGUAAGAUCAUAAUAUCAAUAGUCACCACCAGUAAAACAAGGGCAUCUCAAAUCGAUUUGCCUUUACUUCAAAAGGGUGUUUUGGAUAUUCCGGGUACCGAGUCAUUGAAGCCACCGUUGCGUAGUGUAUGUGAUAUCACUAGUCUUCCGGCACAUGCGAAUCUUAUGAGGGUAGGCGAGACAACUGUUGACCUAACUACUCUCAAUUCUACUGUUGCCGAUAGUCAAAAGGAGGAUGCUGAACCUAGCUUGCUGAACAACAUUAACCGUUUCGAUACGUUUGAAGACUUCUUCGAAGAGUUUCUAGACCAACUGAAACCGAACGCAAAGCAGAUUUUUGAAAAACCAUCAUCAUCGGCGAUAUUUAAGGAGGAUAGAAGGUCAGAUGUACGUAAAUAA